AUGACGAUUAAAUUUAUAAAGCCAUCAAAAAAUCAAGUUUUUAGAAAAGAUGAAAUUGAUGAUAAUAAAAAUGAUGAUUAUGAUGGUUUUUUGUAUAAUACAUUAAAUUUUCGUCAUUUCUCCUCCUCAAAAGUAGUUACUCCAGGUGAAUUUAUCACAAAUGAUCCUCAAUUUAUGAGAGGUCAUGGAACAUAUGUAAGAGAUAAAAAUACAGUUUAUGCAUCAGUUGUAGGCACAGUUCAACGAGUAAAUAAGCUUAUCUCUGUAAAACCAUUAAAAUCAAGAUAUCUUCCAGAGAUUGGAGAUUUAGUAAUUGGAAGAAUUGUUAAAGUUGGUAACAAACGAUGGAAAGUUGAUAUUGGGUCAAAACAAGAUGCAAUAUUGAUGUUAUCAUCUAUUAAUCUUCCAGGAGGUAUUCUGAGGAGGAAAUCAGAGACAGAUGUUCUGAAAAUGCGGACAUUUUUUUCUGAAGGGGAUUUAUUAGUUGCAGAAGUACAGACAUUUUUUUCAGAUGGCUCAAUAUCAUUGCAUACACGGUCUUUGAAAUAUGGAAAACUUCGUAAUGGUUCUUUUGUUCAAGUGCCAUCUAAUUUAAUUGUGAGAUCAAAUGUUCAUUCUUACUGCUUGCCGAAUGGAACAGAUGUAAUUUUUGGAACAAAUGGAUAUAUAUGGGUAAGAAAGCAUGUAGAAAUGUCUUCAGAAAAGUCAGGAGUUAGUAUUACACGAUUAGAAGAAGAAGCAUCAGAAACAAUUUACUCAGAUAUCAAUGAUGAUAUUGAGCCUUAUCUUUUUCAUGAAAUAGCUCGUGUGUGCAAUAUUAUUAAAGCAUUGGCUGCAUGUAAAGUCACAAUUAAUGAAAAAAUGAUACUUCUUGGUUAUGAAGCAUCUAUGAUUUAUGCAGAUGCAUCAGAGUUAUUAUGGCCAUCUGUUCAACAUGAGAUUUACACUCAAGUUAUAUCUCAAAAAUAA